AGAAGAGCCCACAAUCUGGGCACAUGGAGGUGUGUGUGUGUGUGUGUGUGUGUCAGGAUCAGAGGAGGGACAGUGUGUGUGGAGUGGGUGGAGAUGGGACUCCUGAGGGUGUGUUGAAGUGUCUCAACGGCACUUAGGUUCAGAGCCUCUGAAGGCACUGAAGUUGAAGUCAGAACACACUCCUACAGCUGCUGUGUGUGUGUGUGAAAUCGUAUCUAUGUAUGAGUGUGGAAUUUUUACUCCCAUUUUGUUUGAGUUUCUUUUUUUCCUGUCAUGGACUUCUCACUUGGCCGCUAUGGGACUACGCCGGCUGUCGGCGUCCUGUCAGAGGAUUUUUAAAAGUUCCUGAAUCGAGAGAGAGAGAGAGAGAGAGAGAGAGAGAGAGAGAGAGACAGAUAUUCCCGGACAAGUCUCCAAACUCAACCUCAGGGCUGAGGAUAUUCUUGGAUGUACUUAAGAUGGCAACUUCAGGAACAACUCUCCUCACAUUAGCAGCAGUGCUCCUUCAUGUGGGAAGAUGUCACGGGAGCAUAGAAAAAGGAAAACACAGCUCACCACUGAGAUUCACUCAUCACCUCUACAACGUCACCAUCAAUGAGAACUCGGUGCCACGAACAUACGUGGAGACGCCGGUGAAGAUGGGCAUUGAAGUGACUGAUAUCUUUUGGGAAAUUUCAUACAACGUUGUCUCGGGCGAUGAAGACGGCCUUUUCCAAGCAGUGGCUGUAAAAGUUGGAGACUUUUGUUUCCUCAGGAUUAAAACACGCCAAACUGACACAGCUCUAUUAAACAGGGAGGUGAGAGACUCUUACACUCUCACUGUGGCGGCGACAGAACGUACUUAUAAUUUUCAGACGAAGACAAAAGUGUUUGUCCAGGUGAUUGACACCAAUGACUUGAAGCCACUCUUCUAUCCUGCCUCUUACAAUGUGGCCGUCUCUGAUGACAUGCCCCUAAAAUCAAGUGUGGUCCGAGUUAGUGCCACAGAUGCAGACGUUGGGAGUAAUAGUGAGUUUUAUUACUCAUUCACCAGCAGAGCUCAUCCGUUUACCGUUGACCCAUUCACCGGCACAGUCAGCCUUGUCAGGAAACUCAACUACACCCGCUCAGAGAGGUAUGACCUCACUAUUUUAGCUGAGGACAGAACAAAGAAAAUAUCUGGUGUGCAAAAAUUUGGUAAUGUUGCCAAAGUCACAGUAAAUGUACAAAAGUCAAAAAAAGGACCUUUGGUUAUCAGAACCACCAGUAAGCCCACAGUCUCUACAGAUGGCAAGGUAACUAUUGAAGUCCAUGUGGAGGGUGGAGUUAAGUCUGUCAAAUCCCUUAAUAUUGUUGGAGGGGAUCCUAACAAGUGUUUUGAGAUUAUCCCUUUAGGUGUGCAGGGCAGUGACUUCCAGGUGAUCUCAACAAAGAGGAUUAUCCCUCCUCAAACUGCCUUAGGGGUGGAUCUGUCGCUUCAAGCUUCAGAAAGAGGCUCCCCAAGUUUUCUCUCUCCAAUUACUCAAAUACACAUACCUGCGUAUCAUUACAGCCAGCUAGCCUUUUUGGAAGACACCUACAUUGUCGCACUGAGUGAGUUUUCACCUCCCAAAACUCACGUGCUUAAGGUUUCUGUCCCUGCAGACCCAUAUAAUGUCACCUUUAGUAUCAAAAAUAAUCCAGACAGCACCAAAUUUAAGAUCAAUCCCAAAACAGGAAUUAUCAUAACAACAGAGACAUUUGAUUAUGAAAAGAAGAACAGAUAUGAGUUUGAUGUAGUGGCCAAUCACGCUGAGGCUGAGACUCACAUUGUGGUUGAGAUAACGGACGAGAAUGACAACAUCCCGCAAUUCACCCAGACAUCCUAUGAGACUAUGCUCGAUGAAAACACACCUGUUGGCAGCAGCAUUUUAAAAGUCAUGGCCACAGAUAGCGAUAAAGGCAAAAACAGUUUUGUGACCUACGCCAUUGCCAACAAAGGACUUUUGCCUUUUACAAUUGACCCAUUCACAGGCAUUAUCUUGACCACGGAACACUUGGACUAUGAGCUCAUGAGAAGACGGUACCAUCUGAGAGUUUGGGCAUCAGACAGUGGCAGUCCCUUCAGUCAGGUCAGUGAGUGUCCCGUGACAAUAACGCUGAACAACGUCAACGAUAAUGUUCCUUUGUUCGAGAGAGUGGGCUGCAACUCCACAGUACCCCUUGACUUACCUUUGGGACAAACUAUAUGUGAGCUGUCGGCCAUUGAUUUAGAUGAGCUGCAGCAAUUGACCUAUAUCAUUGAAUCAGGAAAUGAACAACAAGUGUUCAGUAUUGACCCUGUUUCAGGGCGGAUAACCCUGAUCAAACCAAUACCCCUGGGAGCAGUGUCAUAUACUCUAAAUGUCAUAGCCAAUGAUGGUAAGCAUCACUCUGAAGCUUCAGUUGUCAGGAUUACUGUCACCAACAGAGGUGAUGAGUCAACAUUGACCUGCCACGAAACUGGAAUUUUUAAACACCUUACAGACAAAUUGAUUGAGUCAAUUAAACCGAUUUUGAACAAUCAAGAGGAAGAAACCUUCUCUGACAUUCACAUCAGUAACAGGCACUCUCCAAAGUUCGACCUGGCCAUUCCUAGUUCUAUUGAUCUCCCUGAGGACUUUCCACUUAACUCAAACAUCCUUCAGUUAAAGGCGACUGAUAAUGACACAGGGUUUAAUGGCAAACUGGUGUAUGCAAUUUCUAGUGGUAAUGAAAACAGCUGUUUCUCCAUCGACACAUUCUCUGGUGAUCUUCAGUUAGUGUGUCCACUGGACAGAGAAAUCAAGGAGUUCCACAUCCUCAACAUUACAGUUUAUGAUCUGGGAAUGCCACAAACGUCUUCGUGGAAAUUCAUUGCCGUGAACGUCAUGGAUGUCAAUGACAACCCUCCUGUUUUUGAUUUGCACAGAUAUGUGAUCCGUGUGCCUGAAAAUGUGGAAGUUGACUCCAUCAUUUUCACAGCUCAUGCGACUGAUCUGGAUGCAGAGACUAAUGGUAACAUCCAGUACUCCCUACUGACAUCUACUGAGAUGUUCAUGAUAGAUGAACUGACUGGUGAGGUCACACUGAAACAACAUUUAGACCGAGAAAGCGCUCCCAGGCAUGACCUUAGGAUUGAAGCCAAAGACCAGGCCAGACUGGGCCCUCAGCUAUUUUCCAUUAUGGACCUUAUAGUUGUUCUGCAAGACAUCAAUGACAACGCCCCCAAAUUUAUACCCAAGGUUUACCGGAUCAAAGUUCCAGAAGAUGUUCCUGUGGGCACGCUGCUUGUCUGGGUGGAGAGUGUGGACUUGGACCUAGGUGGUGGAGGUCUUGUGACUUAUAACCUUAAGAACACAGAGAGUGGAAUCUUCCACGUGGACUCCAUCACAGGUGCCUUAAUGCUAGAAAAGGAACUGGACUAUGAGAGGCGGCCAUCUUACAACCUCACCGUCCGAGCCGUUGACCACGGCCUCCCGCGCUCUCUCUCAUCAUCAUGUUUCGUUGAGAUUCAGGUUCUGGAUGUUAAUGAAAAUCUUCACAGACCAGUGUUCUCAGAGUUUGUGUAUGAGGCUGGUGUGAUGGAGGAUGCUGCUGUCGGUACAGCUGUGGUGACACUACUGGCUUCAGACAAAGAUCUGGGCAGAGAUGGUGUUGUCAGGUACCACAUCCAUGAAGGAUCUGGACUAGGGGUUUUCACCAUCGAUGAGGAAACAGGUGUGAUUCGUACAACAGAGACAUUGGACCGUGAGACGAUGCCACAUUACUGGCUGUCCGUCUAUGCCACAGAUCUGGGAACUGAGCCUCUUAUCUCCUGGACUCAUGUCUUCGUAGAGGUCCUGGAUGUCAAUGACAAUGCCCCAGAACUUUCACAGCCCGUCUAUUUUGCUGCAGUCCAGGAGAACAUGGACAAGGUCAGAUCUGUGGUCCAGGUCUCAGCCAAAGACUUGGAUACUACGUCUGAGGGAAAACUGUCCUACCAGAUGCUGGACUCCCACCGGACGUAUUUUGAUGUUGAUCCCAAAACAGGUGUUAUCAGCACGGUGUCAUCCUUGGAUCGCGAGGACAAACCAGAGCACAGCAUCGAGGUCAUUGUUUCAGACAACGGAUCACCAUCGUUACAUUCCACCGCCACCGUCGUGGUGCGAGUCCUGGACGCUAACGACAAUCGCCCUAAGUUUACCGACAAGCUUUUUCACGUCAAACUCCUUGAACAGCGCCUCCAGGCUGGGAAACAGGAGGUCUGCAGAAUGGUGGCACAGGAUGAUGAUGAAGGGUUAAAUGCUGCCGUCACCUACCUACUGCCUGACAACAAGGACGAACGUUUUCAGAUUGACCCUGUGACUGGCCUGGUGACAUCACACGGGGAUUUCUGGCCAGGGAAUUACAGUAUCCUCACGAUUAAAGCCACAGAUGCUGGCAGCCCAUCACGAUCCUCCACAGCCCGACUUGACAUCGAGUGGAUGGCCCGCCCACCUCUAUCUCCUGAGCCAAUCACAUUUGAUGAACCCCACUUCACCUUUGCCGUGAUGGAAACCGAGCCUGUUACCCACAUGGUGGGCAUCAUAAUGACAGAGACACAUCGACUUAGGUGGUUCGAUAUCGUAGGAGGUGACGAGGAAAAGGACUUUGACAUUCAGAGAAAUACCGGAACCAUCUCGAUCGCCCGGCGCCUUGAUGCCGCUCGGCGCUCCAACUAUAACCUGACAGUGCGGGUUACUGAUGGUCAUCAUGUUGCUACCACACAGGCUUACAUCCGUGUGCUAGACAUGAAUGAACAUCGGCCCGUUUUCCUGAAGCCGCUGUAUGAGGUUAGGGUCCCAGAGGACACGUCCCCAUGGAAGGACAUCCUGCAGAUCACUGCUCAGGAUGCUGACACCAACAGUAAGUUGGUGUACUCCAUCCACAGCAGCCUCCACCCUGACAGCACCAAGUUCUUCCACCUAGAUCCAAAAAGCGGGGUUCUGGUUAUGACGGAGGAAUUGGACUUCGAGAAGAUUUCUGUUCACACUCUCGUCGUGAUGGUGCGUGAUCAGGAAAUUCCAGUAAAGAGAAACUUUGUAAAGGUUGUCAUUCAAGUAGAGGACUGCAACGAUCACUCUCCAUCUUUCCUGAGCCCCCGCUACGAAGCUACAAUCUCUAACCUGGCCCCCACAGGAUCUGAGGUCAUCAGGGUCAAAGCACUGGACAAGGACAUGGGCAGCAACGCUGACAUCAGCUACUCUCUGCACUCUGGUAACAUCGACCACGUCUUCUCCAUAGAACCAGAGCUGGGCUCCAUCACCAUUUCUAAACCUUUGACUCUUCAGCCUCAGGAGCAGUAUCACCUGACAGUUAAAGCCACUGACCAGGGUUUUCCUCAGCGCAGUGACUUCUGCUCUGUACACGUCUACAUCCGCAUCUCUGACCAAACCCCACCCACCUUCCCUCUGGACGAGUACCUGACCGAGAUCAGUGAACUGAGUGCCCUUGGAAUGCCAGUAGUUACCGUUACUGCAACUAGUCCAGCUGCCAUUCAUUAUGGGAUAGAAAGCGGCAAUGAAAAUGGAACAUUUCUAAUCAACCCAUUCACUGGGUUGAUGUCAUUGCAAACACACAUUGAUUUUGAGCAUACUGCCAUCUACAGGCUCAAAGUUACAGCUUCCACCACAGCUGGUGCUUCGUCCAAGACAGACGUCUACGUCUAUGUCAUUGAUGAGAAUGACAAUGCUCCUGUUUUUCAGAAAACCCAGUACCUUGGAAAAAUAAGUGAAUCGGCAGCUGUUAACAGCAUGGUGAUGGGAGAAACCAACACUCCGUUGGUGAUUCAGGCUUCAGACGUAGACAGAGAUUCAAAUUCAGUGCUAGUCUAUGAGAUCCUUGAACAAGAAGCCCUAAAAGUUUUUAAGAUAGACUCAAGCAUGGGCACCAUCUCUUUAAUUUCACAAGUUGACUUUGAAGCCAAAGCCGACUACCAGUUUACUGUGCAGGUGAAGGACUCAGGGGAGCCAUCACUGUAUGCAGCAGAGCCUGCCAAGGUCACCGUUCAUGUCCUAGACCUCAAUGACAGUCCGCCACAAUUCACCACCCCAGUGUAUGAGACAUCAAUCACUUAUCCUACCGUCAAAAAUGCAGAGGUUGUGCACGUCACGGCCCAUGAUGCUGAUUCGGAGGUCACAUACAGCAUUGUUGAUGGAAAUCUUCACAAUGCUUUUUCAAUUCAACCUGUGACUGGACUCAUCACUGUGAACAAUGUGUCUGUGUUUCAGCCACUUUAUCAGCUGAUGGUUAAAGCCACUGAUGGCCUUUACAAAGACUUUGCCACUAUUAUGAUCAACAUGGAAAACUUCACAGUUAGUGAUCUAGGAUUUGGGCAAAAUAUUUAUACAGCCAGUGUCCCAGAAAACCUCAAAACUAUUAAGACUUUGGUGGCACUAAAAACCAGAGGCUGCUAUUUUAAUGAGCCUCUCCUGUAUUCUGUUGUAAACCCAAUGGGGAGGUUUGCGGUUUCUCGAACAUCAGGUGUUCUUGAAACAACUGGUAUUGCUUUUGAUAGAGAAGAACAAGACGUGUAUGAAGUUGUGGUAAAGGUCCAAGACAUGAGAACACCUUCCAGGACAGCCACAGCUCAGGUCAAGGUUUUUAUAGACGACGUCAAUGACAAUCCACCGCAGUUUCUAAACUUGCCUUUUUCAAUGAUGACAUCCGAAGAUUCUGAACCAGGAGAUGUUUUGUAUCAAGUAACAGCCAUUGACAAAGAUCUAGGAGAAAAUGGAGUCAUCAUAUAUUCACUUGAAGAAGACUAUGACCUAUUCAGGAUAGAUCCUGAUGUAGGUGAUGUUUCACUUCAGAGGCCUCUUGACUUUGAAGCUUUAAACAGGUAUGUGUUGACAGUCCGAGCUAUAGAUGAAGGUGACCCCACCCAUGGUUCAGCCUCCCAGCUCACAAUUCAAGUCAGGAAUCGGACUAACCCAGUUUUUCAGACUCUACUAUAUCCACUUAAAGUCCCUGAAAAUGUCCCCCCUUUCACCACCAUCCUACACGUCCAGGCCAGAAAUCCUGAAGGUUAUCGUCUCAUCUACAACCUCGAGGAGGAAAAUGCAUCCAAACACUUUCACAUUGAUUUUAAAACAGGUGUUCUUACCAUCACCAACCCUCUUGACUACGAAAGUGAAACCAUGCAUGUGUUAACCGUUAGGGCCACUGACUCUGUGACAGGAUCUUUUUCAGAGGCAUCCAUAGAGAUAGAAGUGGAAGAUGUAAAUGACAACACACCAGUGUUCUCAAAGAGUAUGUACAAUGUUGAGAUAGCUGAAGGGCUUCCCGUUGGAACUUCAGUGAUGCAAAUGUUGGCAUCCGACAGGGACUCAGGUAGAAAUAAAGUCAUAGCAUAUACAGUGGUAAAAACUGAAAGAAAUGAAAUGGAUUAUUUUGAAAUUGACCCUCACAAUGGUUGGAUUGUCACCAAACAAGUACUGGACCAUGAAGAUACAAACCACUUCACCUUGAAAAUCAGAGCCACAGAUAACGGUACAGCUCCUCUCAGCAGUGAAACCACUGUGUUUGUUAAUGUCACAGAUGUCAAUGACAACCCCCCUGAUUUUGGAAAUUCCCAGUACGAUGCUGCUCUGGAUGAAAUGGCAAAGUGUGGCCACAUAGUUGUCAAAAUCCAAGCUUCAGACCCCGAUACUGGUGACCUGAACAACCUCAAGUACAAAAUCAUCUCAGGGAAUGAGGGUCGAUACUUCAACAUCAACGAAUCAUCUGGAAUAAUCUCAUUUUCUAAUGUAUGCAAGAGGAAUCUGGAUCCUUACUACAAUCUGACUGUUGCAGUUUCUGACGGCGUGUUUCAAAAAACAGCACCCGUGAAUAUUGACAUGAUCAACAGUAAUAAACACAAUCCAUACUUCAAACAGAGCAUCUACGAGGCAGAGCUGGCUGAGAAUGCUGAUGCAGGAACUCGAGUGAUCCGAUUGGCAGCCAUUGACCCUGACGACGGUCCAUAUGGCAGCGUUGACUACACCAUUAUUAACAAACUUGCAGAUGAAAAAUUUGCCAUUGAUAAAGAAGGGGUGAUCGUUACAACCCAGCCACUGGACAGAGAAAAUCCAUCCCAGAGAGUCAUAGCAAUUAAGGUAAUGGCAAGAGACGGUGGUGGAAAAGUGGCAUUUUGCACAGUCAAAGUUAUUCUCACAGAUGAGAAUGACAACGUACCUCAAUUUAAAGCAUCUGAAUACCAGGUUUCAAUUCAGUCAACUGUAAACAAAGGCUCCCCUGUCAUUCAAAUAAUGGCCUAUGAUGCAGACGAUGGCAAGAAUGCAGACGUCACCUACACUGUGGACGAAGCUGAAGAAGUAACCGAGGACAUUAUCGACAUCAACCCUUUUACCGGAGUCGUGAGUGUCAAAGAGAGUCUGGUGGGCAAAGAGAACAAAAUAUUUAACUUCAAAGUCAAAGCCCGUGAUGGCAGCCUCCCCUUCUAUAACUCUACAGUUCCUGUUCAGGUGAAAGUGGUUCCUCCUGAGGUUCCUCUCCCCAAGUUUGCAGAGCCUCUCUACACAUUCUCCGCUGCAGAGGAUCUGCCUGUUGGGACAGAAGUGGGUUUCGUGAGAGCCAACUCGGACAUGCCUCUCAUUUACAGUCUAGUGAAUGGAAACACAGUUGAAAGUAACCGGGACAAGGUUUUUAGUCUGGACAAGGGAAGUGGAACUCUGCUGUUGCAGAAGACCAUAGACCACGAGAAGACCAAGUGGUACCAGAUAGAUGUAAUUGCCCAGGGUAACCACAACGGGACAGAUGUGGCUUCACUGGUUUCUAUCAACAUUCAGGUGCAGGAUGUCAAUGAUAACCAACCAGUGUUUGAUGCCAGUCCGUACAGAGCCUUUUUGGCAGAGAACAUGCCGGCUGGAACCACAGUUAUCCAGGUGACCGCCAACGACCCAGACACAGACAACAAUGGUCUUGUGACCUACACUUUAGAGUCACUGCCUCAAGAGGAGACCAUGGACAUCACUGAGGUGUUCUCCAUCGAUGGUGAGAAUGGCUGGAUCACCACGGCACACGAGACCGACAGUGAGACCACCAGGGUCUACAGGUUCAAUGUGGUGGCCACUGAUCACGGGGGUGACGCCAAGCUGUCGUCCAGCGUCCUGGUGGAGGUGACAGUGAUGGACGAGAACGACAACCCACCUAGGUUCUCUGACGACGUGUACCAUGGCUCAGUGGUGGAGAACAGCAUUCCUGGAGAAGUCAUCGUCUCCAUGACGACCACAGAUGCCGACGUGUCACUUGAGAACCGACUUGUGACCUGUUACAUUACAGAUGGGGAUCCGUCGGGUAAGUUCGCUAUCAUUCAGGAGGACGAGGGCAAGUGGGGUCUGAUUGUCAAAGAGCCUCUGGACAGAGAGACCAUAGACAGAUACAAGCUCAGAGUCACGGCCACUGACGGGAAGUUUGAGGCUCCGGUCACCGUGGAUGUGCACGUCCUGGAUAUCAAUGACAACAGUCCAGUGUGUGAACAGCUUGUGUACACAGAGGUGGUGAUGGAGAACUCACCCUCCAGCAUGUUUGUGCUGAAGGUUUCUGCCUCGGAUCCAGACGUCGGAGCCAACGGCCUGGUCUCCUACACGCUUCACGGCCCUGACGCAGACAAGUUCCAUCUUGACCAGAGAACGGGUGAGCUGUUCACUUUUGCCGUGUUGGACCGUGAGAAGGUGGUCGAAUACACCCUGGCUGUGAAGGCAACGGACGGUGGUGGACGGUCCUGCCAGGCCGACAUCGUUCUGAUGAUUCAGGACAUGAACGACAACCCGCCUCGAUUCUCCUCCAGCCACUACGAGGUCACGGUGUUCGAUAACACGACUGUACGGACGCCCGUCGCUGUCAUUUUUGCCAAGGAUCCAGAUACAGGAAUUAACUCAGAAGUGAAGUAUUCGCUUCUGUCUGGCGACAGCGGUUACUUCUCCCUGGACGAGUUUUCCGGUGUCCUACGCCUGGAGCGACCUCUGACCCCGGACACCCCGCCCAGUUUUGAGAUAAAGGUGAAGGCCACGGACCGUGGGUUACCUCGACACCUCUACUCCGUAGCCACUGUGACUGUAGACGUGGUUUCUCUGGACGACUACCAGCCUGUGUUCCAGAGCUCAGAGUUUGCCGCCCAGCUCCCAGAAUCCUCAGCCGUCGGAACGACUGUAUUGAGUGUUUCAGCUGUCAACACUGGUGUCAGUGGGCCACAUCCGGUCGUGUAUCGUAUCAUCUCUGGAAACAAAGAUGGACGAUUUCUGAUGGAUUCCAGAACAGGCCUUCUGACCCUCGUGGCACCGCUGGAUUUUGAAGUUUCACGGGAGCAUUACUUGACUGUGGAAGGAAGUCGUGGGAAGUCGUCCCUCAGUGACAUCACCACGGUUAUCAUUAACGUGACGGACGUGAACGAUAACGCGCCAGUGUUUGGACGAGGUGACUACAGCACCGAGAUAUCAGAGGACCUGACGCCUGGGAGCUUGGUGAUGAAGGUAAUAGCCACUGAUCAGGAUGGUCCCAUCAAUAAUCUGCUGCGUUACUCCGUAGUGAGCGGAGACCCUCUGCAGCAGUUUGCAAUUCACCCUCGUAGUGGAGAAAUCACUGUACGGACUGCAGUGGACAGGGAGGAGAUCCCUCACUACUCUCUGACAGUGCAGGCAGCAGACGAGGGGAAUCCUCCUCUGUCAUCUGCCGUCCACAUCACCAUCAGCGUCACAGACGUCAAUGACAACCCACCAGUCUUUUCCCAGGUCAACCACAACCUGCUGCUGCAGGAGGGGGAGUCUGUCGGCAGCACCAUCCUCCAACUUGUAGUAACUGACAAGGACACUCCGAGGAAUGGGCCUCCAUUCUCCUUCCACAUUAUCAGUGGCAACGAGGAUCGGCGCUUCAACGUGGACCAGGGUGGUCUCCUGUCUCUGUCUGCUCCCCUCAGAAAAAAAGUGAAAUCGCACCAUCAGCUCAAGAUACAGGUAACAGACAGUGGUCACCCUCCUCUCUCCUCCAUCUGCGUGGUCAACAUCAAUGUCACUGAACAGAGCAAGUAUCCUCCAUCUGUAGUACCACUGGAAGUCUUCAUCACCACUUCUGGAGGCCUGUUUGCCAACCGGGUCAUUGGUAGACUCCACGCCUCUGACCAGGACCUGCAGGACAUCCUGACCUACAAGCUGGUGUCUGAAAGCCCAGAUGGGGGCAGGUUCUCGGUUGACAUGGCAGAUGGUAAAAUCUGGGCAGAUGAAAACCUGGAAGAGGGCUCAUAUUCGCUCAAUGUCAGCGUAAGCGACGGAAAGUUUAACGUCUGGGCUGGGGUCAAAAUCCACGUGUGGGCAGCGGACCAGAAGGCCCUAGACUCGGGCCUGACCCUGCAGCUGGUGGGAUUGUCUCCAGAGGAGUUUUUGGGUGAUCACUGGAGAGGUCUCCAGCGUAGCCUAGGUCAAGCCCUGAGUUUACCCAGACAGGAGCUUCACCUGGCCAGUCUGCAGCAGCAGAAGGAUGAACAGGUCCUGGAAGCUCUGUUGAUCUGGAAACAAAGGGAUGCACAAGUCCAGGCUCUGCCAACCAGCAGACUAGCAGGUAUAAUAUCAGACAUCGAGGACACUCUGGGCCUGAGCAUCCUCAGGGUGAGUCACAACGGGUGUCUUGGAAGUGGCUGCCCUCCACGAGGCUGCACGAACGCUGUCCGUCUGACGCCAGAGAGACUGGGCCAUUUCACCACAGCGAGGGCUGCUUACAUCACCCCCCAACACGCCUGGGAGAGCGUCUGUCCUUGCAAUGAGUCGGCUGUGAGGUUUGACGGAAAGUCCUACCUAAAGUAUCUUCACGGGCUGGAUGAGGACGACCAGGUUUUCAAGGUGUCCCUGAGGUUCAAGACGUUCCAGAGUCAGGGUCUCAUCAUGUUCACUAACAGCACCAACCACUGGGGGAUGUUACAGCUGACCAACGGGGAGCUGCACUUUAGAUAUAGCUGUGGAAACGCCGCAUCUGCUUCACUGCUCACACCGUCCGCUUCUGUGACAGACGGCCGCUGGCACAAUGUUCUGCUGGAAGUCAAUUCGACCACCCUGAAGCUGACGCUGGACCAGCACCACCCGGCCUCCGCUGUUCUGGCCGAGCCUUGUCGUUUGAUGGGUUCCCACGGUGCUCUGCUCUUUGCGUCGCUCGCUCAGGGUGCGGCGGCAGAGGUCGACGGGCAUGCACCUAAUUUUAUCGGCUGUCUGGAGGGCCUGAAGCUCAACAGGGAGCCAAUCAGAUUUGGUGACACGACGGAGUGGACUGGGUCAGGGAGCAGAAGGGUGUUUGGGGUGUACCAGUGCUGCAGCAGGGCAGGAGCCUGCGACAAGAACCCAUGUCAGAACGGAGGCACCUGUGAGGAGGACGCCAGUGGAGAGCCAAGGUGCAGAUGUCCAGGACACUUCCACGGCGCUCACUGCGAGCUCACCAACAACCCGUGUGCCUCCCAGCCGUGUGCCGACGGACGGGUGUGUGUACCCAAGCCUCAAGGUUACAUCUGCAACUGCUCUGUGAGCGACAACGGCGCACGGUGCCACAACCAGAUAGAGCUCUGUUCACCAAAUCCCUGUCCUGGAGGUUUUGACUGCAGGAUCACCGACGGCCUAAUCCACUGUGAUCCUCUGCCUCAGAAGGUAAAUCCAAUGAUUGGCUAUGUGGAGAUCAUGGAGAUCAGUGCCAGUGUUCUUGGAUUGCUCCUUCUGGUUGGCCUCUUUGUCUGCAUCAGGAAACGUUACGUUCAGAAUAAGAAGAAGAAGCCAGUGUGUGUUCAGGACUCCAACGGUUAUCUCACGUCCAGUUUGGCCAAGAACCAUAAAAAUGACAACCACCACAUCAACCCCAUCGAAAUGAACUCAAUGGCCUGUCCCACCAACGACCUGGACCACACACCCUUCAGGUCUCUCCGCCCUCGCAGCCAGAUAACCCUGUGCUCUCCCAAGACACAGGGUCCAGUUGUGUGCAGCGUGGCCCCCAACCUUCCUGCUAGGCCUCCGUCUAGUUCUGACAAUGGCUCCAUCAGAAAGAACCACUGGGACAUGGACUAUGAAGUCUAUCCUGCCGACCCUGACUACUACGGCCGUCCAUCAGUCCAGGAGUUCCCUCAGUUUGACAUUGUGGAGGACACGUACUCCAACUCCACCAUGGACUCACGGAGGAACUCUCGAUUCGGCGGCUUCCCAUUCCCACUGGAACGCUGUGACCGCCGUGCACCUCUCCCACCGUGCUACAGCAAUCAGAAUCUGGACGAGUUCCUGGGUCCUGAUGGUCAGCCACUCCCCAGCUCCCAGUGCCCUAACGAAUACACGGCCAUCAGCUACUACCCUACCCAGAAAACCCGCAGCCUUGACAGCGUCCAGGGUUACAAGAGACUUAGUAUGCGUCUGAGCGUCGCCAUGCCAUCUUACGCCGAGCAUCCCAGUACACCUCCGGCAACAAACCCCGCCCAGCCACAGACCAGACCGGUUGGAUCCAACCCUCGUAACUACGACGGGUCAAGCAUGGUGGGAAGUGAUUAUGGAAGCUGUGAAGAGGUGAUGUUUUGAGGGUGGUACAAAAUAAACUGUCCACGUUUCUACCAAUCUCUGGCAGCUUUGUGAUCGAGUCUCUGAUGGACUUUGGAAAAAAAACAACAACAAAUAUGCAAAAAGGUUUGCGUUUCAGUGUGCACUUUUGUUACACUGGACGGGACCAGAGUAUUUAAAGACUCGUUUGACACCUUAGCUGGAGACACCGAGAGGAAUAGUAUCUUGUGUGUCUCAGCUGAAACCACUUAUUGUUAGAUAUGUGAAUCGUGAACAGUGUUAAAUACUUGACCAUGUGUUGACUGUCAAAAAAAGUGGACAAACCAUUUUUUUAUUUCAAGAGCUUUUUUAAGUCAGAGCUUCACAGUCACUAGAACUGCUACAUUUCAAAUCAUAUUUUAUGCACUGCUCCGCCUGUACAAUUGUAUGCACUGUAUGAUGUGAGUGAACGUAAAUCGUGAGAAAUACAAUGUUUUUAGUACAGUCUGACAUUUAAUCCUCACUGCUGGUACGAAAGAUGCCUGGGUAAGUUAAACCAAGAGGGAAGUCCAAGAUACUUUACUAACAAGCCUUUAGUCUGAGGGGUGAUCAUGCUGUGCACGUCCCCCUGCUGUAGAACCACAGUAAGGCUUGUUCCCAGUGACAUGUGAGAAAAUGUUGAUGAGUCUGUUUCUCAUUAAUUGUGUAUAAAAAGAAGUGUUGGUUAACAGAAAAUGACACCAUAACUAUCUCCAUUGGUACUAAUUUCAUUGUCCUCUCAUUCAGUUCUGAUUUUAGACAUAGAACAGAUUAUUUUUUAACUUAAUUAGAAAAGAGGAGAAACACUUCCAAAUUGUUUCUCUUCAUUUUUAUUUUUUACGUGAUGCCUUUCUUGACCCAAAUCAACCUGGGGUAUUGGGACUAGGUGGUAUGAAGCCUGCAGCCUCCUGGUGGCAGGCAGGUUUAAUACACUAAAUAAAUGAGCUGUAUGACCCUGCAUAAAAUUGUUACAAUGCAAAAUUACAAGUUAGUGAUGUCACUGUAAAGUAGAGCUUCAUUCGAUUAAAACUGUCAUAUCAGUACAUUCCUCCCGAAUUGAACUCAUGUGUCAGUUUACUGGCUGGUUUACUGCUGGUUUGUUGUUACUGUCUGUUACAAUGGAGGGGGCUGGAUCCUCAGAACUAAAACAAAGCGAUUGGUACGAUGAUUAUUGACCGUGGUGUUCAUUGUGAAGUUGACGUGUGUGUAUUUGUAAAUUCUGUAUAUUCUUUUUACAGCUUCACCUUGUGGCUUGUUUAUGUAGACAAUGUGUUGAACUUGUUUGUUCGUGUGAGAACCUGUUUGUACAUAAGUGUGGAUCAAAUGAACACAACGUGGAGUUUUUCACAGAAGUACAGAAAUGUUAAUGCAGCCAAUUUUUAAUGUGAGCACUUCGCACUAAUGGGUUUCCUUUGGUCUGAAACUGCUUGUGCUGAAUGUUUGUAUGUAUAAAUAUAUAUAAAGUGAAUGUGUUUCCUGAACAAGAUUUUUGCUUAAACAGCAGUUUCACUGUCCGAGGGUGAAAAAAAUAAAUUGUGGCUGAGUAAAUGUAACACUACAUUUAAGACUACAAAAACCACUAUAUGUGUGGUUAUUACUUUUUAAACAAAAGAUGAAAUUGUUAAUGUAAUAUUUUUACAUAUCAUACCACUGUUAGCAGAGGUCAAGAGUACGUAGCCAGGAUUAUGAUUCGAAAAAUGUAUUCAGAAUUUCAUCAGACUUCACUAAAAGCCAUCCAUUGGUUUUCUUUAUUCUGAAAAUUUUAGAAUUGAAGAAGUAAACCCAGCAUCAAUCAAAACAUGUUCCAUGUGUGAUCAAUUAUAUUUUUCCUCCAACUGAAGAAAAUAUGCAUUUAAACUCAUUAUUAAAUUCUCAUUUUAAUUAAACAUUAUCCUUGUUGACGAUGUUGCUAUUGUGUAGAUGUAGAAUGGGUCCGUGUUUGUAUUUUUAUUUUGCAGAUAUUCUUAUGAACUGUGACUGUGUACAGUCGGGUGUGUUGUUGUUGUGCAGAGAAUGACUUUACUUUAAUGUCUGUCAUCCGUCGUUCUUUUAUAAAGUUUUAUUUUUGUAUAAAUCGCCCUUCCUUCAGCCGUCGUCGCCCGAGUUUCGCCUCUGUUUUUUCCUCUGUCAGAGAUUUUAUUUAGAUGCCAUUGUUCUGCUGUUUGUUUUGAAUAAUGUAAAGAGAGAAUAUGAAUAAAGAUAUUAUCUUCUAUCAACGGCAA